AUGGGUUCUGGCCAGUGGCACGUUGAGAAGAGGUCCACUUUGAGGAACGAAUCGUUUUUGAAAGAGUAUGGCCCCGUCUCUGAGACCGGGAGCCUCUCCAUCAUCGUGCUCGGUGCCUCUGGUGAUCUUGCCAAGAAGAAGACUUUUCCUGCUCUUUUCAAUCUCUAUCACCAGCAGGGGUUACUUAAUCCAGAUGAAGUUCACAUCUUUGGAUAUGCAAGGACUAAGAUUUCUGACCAGGAGCUUAGAGAUAAGAUCCGUCGAUAUCUUGUUGCUGAGAAGAAUGCAUCUGAGAAAGCAGAAGCUUUGUCCAAGUUUCUGCAGCUGAUCAAGUAUGUGAGUGGCCCUUAUGAUUCCGAGGACGGUUUCAAAAGGUUAGACAAGGCAAUUUCAGAGCAUGAAAUCUCUAAAAAGAGUUCUGAAGGAUCUUCCAGGAGAUUGUUUUAUCUUGCACUCCCACCGUCCGUAUACCCUCCUGUAUGCAAGAUGAUCAAGGCAUGUUGCACUAACAAAUCUGAUGUUGGUGGAUGGACACGGAUCGUUGUUGAGAAGCCAUUUGGAAAGGACUUGGAAUCUGCAGAGCAACUGAGUUCCCAGAUUGGAGAACUGUUUGAUGAAUCACAGAUUUAUCGUAUUGAUCACUAUCUUGGGAAAGAAUUAGUCCAAAACAUGUUGGUCCUCCGGUUUGCCAAUCGAUUCUUUUUGCCACUAUGGAACCGUGACAAUAUUGCUAACGUUCAGAUUGUUUUCAGGGAAGAUUUUGGAACUGAAGGCCGUGGGGGAUACUUUGAUGAAUAUGGAUGCUUUCGUAUAAUAACUCUGUUUAGUGUACUGCAGGUUCUUUGCCUUGUUGCCAUGGAGAAACCAGUCUCUCUUAAACCUGAGCACAUCCGGGAUGAGAAAGUGAAGGUUCUUCAAUCAGUGAUACCCAUAAAGGAUGAAGAGGUGGUUCUUGGACAAUACGAAGGUUAUAGAGAUGAUCCAACUGUUCCAAACGACUCAAACACUCCAACGUUUGCCACAACAAUUCUUCGCAUAGACAACGAAAGAUGGGAAGGUGUUCCAUUUAUACUGAAGGCCGGAACGGCAAUGGGUUCAAAGAAGGCAGAUAUUCGUAUCCAGUUUAAGGAUGUUCCUGGUGACAUUUUCAAAUGUCAAAAGCAAGGGAGGAACGAGUUUGUUAUACGCUUGCAACCUUCAGAGGCCAUGUACAUGAAGCUAACUGUGAAGAAACCAGGUCUGGAGAUGCAAACCGUGCAGAGUGAACUAGACUUAUCGUAUAAGCAACGUUACCAAAAUGUCUCUAUUCCAGAGGCGUACGAGCGCCUAAUCCUUGACACAAUCAAAGGUGACCAACAACACUUUGUUCGCAGAGACGAAUUGAAGGCAGCUUGGGAAAUCUUCACUCCGCUGCUUCACAGGAUAGAGAAGGGAGAAGUGAAAUCGAUCCCGUACACAGUAGGAAGCCGAGGACCAACAGAAGCAGAUCAGCUGCUAGAGAAAGCUGGUUAUCUGCAGACCCAUGGCUACAUGUGGAUCCCCCCUACGCUGUAA